ACAGAAACAAGCAACUCAUUACAUGCUGCUUUACGUGUAUGCCACACUUCGUCAACCGUAUUAACUGGAGAGGGAUGGUAGGCCAGUCUCUCAGCAACCCAUAACCGGGUGUUUUCAAUGCGUGACAGAUCUGGCAGACCAAGGUAGCUGUUUAUAAAUGGAUCAACCUACUCGGCUACCAUGGUCUCAAAGAAUCUGCUACGGCGUGGGUCAUAGUCUUAAUGACUUUACUGGAUCUAUGUGGUUUAGUUACCUCAUGGUUUAUCUUCAGCUGGUGUUAGGAUUCAGUGCCAAUUAUGCCGGUUUUGUGCUUUUGGUUGGACAAGUGGCAGAUGCUAUUGCUACCCCACUCAUGGGUUACGAAGCCAGCAACAGCAGAGUAGGUGGAAUUUGCUAUAAAUAUGGGAGGCGAAAGUUUAUUCAUCUUUUAGGAACUAUCUGUGUGAUACUGAGCUUUCCGUUUAUCUUCAGCGUCUGUCCAGGAUGUGAGUAUUCUAGCCAAUUCUCCCUGACAGUCAUGAUUAUUCCUCUUGUUAUUAUUUUUCAAGUAGGAUGGGCAGCAGUCCAAAUAUCACAUCUAUCACUUAUACCUGUGAUUACACCGCAUGAGACAGAGAGAGAUUUCCUAAAUGUGUUGAGGUAUGCAGUGGAUAUAAUUUCGGAUAUAGGAACGUACGUUAUAGUAUGGUGUGUCUUUGACUUGACAAGGAAACCCACUGGAGAUCAUCACACGAUUACAGGGGACUAUGCUGACAAAUUCAUGAUAAUCGUAUUGAUCAUAGUUGGCGUUGGUUCUUUCUUCUCAAUCAUUUUCCAUUUAGGUGUGAAGGAACAUACUUCAACUCCCAUAUCAUCAGAAGAAAACAGCAUUGAAAAACAUAUUGAUAAAAGCAGGCAGCCAGCGUUCAACCCAUCUUUCGAGGCAUCAUCUAAUACUCUUAUCUGGAAAGAAUGGUUGUUGGAAGUACAGUUCUACCAGGUGGGACUUCUAUACAUGUGUGCGAGGCUGUUCCAGAACAUGAGCUGUGUUUUCAUGCCUCUUUAUUUACAAGAAUCGCUAAGAGCUGAUGACGACUUUAUUGCGAAAAUUCCUCUUGUGAUGAACGUGAGUGGUUUCUUCAUAUCCUGUUCCUUGCCAAAAUUUUUCAAAAUUAUGAGCAAAAAGAUCACGCUUCUUACUGGUGCAACGUUAGGAGUGGGAGCAUGUUUCUGGAUUUCCAUAGGACAUGGCCCAACAUUUUGCUAUAAAGGGAUUUAUGGAGUUGGAGUUAUUAUGGGAGCAGCCUCUUCUAUGCUUGUGGUCAGCUCGUUGUCUUUCAUUCAUGACCUCAUAGGCACCAGUGCUGAAAGUGGUGCUUUUGUUUACGGCUGUAUGAGUUUUUGCGACAAGAUGGCAAAUGGUAUAGCUGGAAUGAUUGUCCAACAUAUGCAUGUGAUACUUUGUAAAGACUGUGACUGGUUCUACAAAGAUGUACUGUCUUAUGGUGUUGGAAGUAUAGCCAUAAUUUCCAGCUUUGUUCUCUUUUCUCUUGUUCCUGCAAAACUCGGCGAAAGAAAGCGCAAAAGCAAAGAUGCUGAGUUAAAAGAGGAAACCCUUAACUUCGGUAGCACAGAUGAUAAUAAUGAGACGCAGCCACUUCUGCCAAAGACUUGAUAACAGUGUAAAGAAGUUCAAGCCCCGGCAUUCAUAGAAUGUACAGAAUCUGUAAUGGAAGAAGGUUCAAGAGAGAGACUCCUUCGAAUGAUAGCUCUCACAUGUUUAACAAUCCUGCAAAUCUGCUAUAAAAUGAAAGCCACGAUACCGUAUAUAAUUGAAAUAAGUAUUUGUCUGUUUAAAAAUAAUGCUUAAUUUUUUUAAAGAAUAGUAUUUAAAGGGGCAAUUAUAAUUUUAUAAAAUCUGUUAAGUAGUACAAAAUAUCAAGAGUUUGUAUUUUGUAGACUUUAGCUUUCAGAUCAGCAGUUAAACUUUGGUAUUACUCUUUAUUUUGCCUUUUGGGGCUAAACUGAAUAACGACCCCUCCUUUUUUUAUUUGUUAUUCUUAAUUGGCAAACUGUUUCUAGAAAACCUUCUGCUUUAAUUAUAGUAUGCUGCGAAGAAUAUUUAGAUGACUCUAUGGGAUUUAUAAAAAUUCUUUUGAUUAAUAUUUCGCUAUUUCUCAGUUAAAUCUAUUUCUCUCUAAUUAAACAGCUAAAAUAGAACUUCAUUGAAUGUGCUAAAACAAUUUCGUCAUUAAAUAAAUUACUUUCAAUUUUUGAAGAUGGUUGAUUUGCUAUAAAUGUGUGUAUUUUAUAGUCGUUUUAAAUUUCUUUAGCCUCGCUAAAUUAAAUUUCUGUCUACUUUGUAUAAAAUUUUAAAAUAAAGGUUCUUCAAUACCCGUUUUAUUUAUAGAUUUUCAGAGAGAAUGAUGUACUCGUAUAUAGCAAGCUAUGUCCAAAGGGUGUUUUGAAUUGGACAGCAUAAAUUUAUUUAUCAUAUUUAAGUUUAUAAUUUGUAGUCAUGAUAAAUUUCAUUCAAAUCAAAGCAAGAAUUUUUUUUUUAAAAUUGUUUAUUAUUAGUAUACACAAAUUGUAACAUUUUAUAAUAAGCCUAAUUUCAACAAUUCGUAAAAACAUCGUUCUUUAAUUUAAAAAUUUGUUUACCUUUUCGGGUAUGUAAUAUUUUUGUUAACCAUUUUAUUCGCGCUUUUUACUGAUGUAUGGAAAUUUGGGGCUGUGCUACAUGAGAUUCCCCUUCGUCACUUUAAAAAAAAAAGAGUGGCAUACGAAUUUCAACAAGAUUUAUUAAUUUAGAAGCAUUUUUUCUUCUUAGUCACUAAAAUUGAAAACUUUGCAUUUCCAUUUAACUCAGGUUAGAGACGUUUGAAUGCGAUCGAAGCUCCCAUUAGCGGUUACUUCAAAAUUAAGGCUUUUGUCUAUUACCAAGGUGUGCCCACUACACUGCUUUUCUGUUCUGUUUUUAAGACCGAGAAUUCAGAUUACUGUUAAUGGAAUUUCUGAACACAACUCUGUUCUGUCGGUCUGCUAAAGCGGAGUGUUCAUUAAUGGAAAGUGUCCGCUAAAGUAGAAUGUUCAUUUACAGCGGUUCGAGUGUAUAUCGCUUUAGUUUUCUGAAUAUACCGAAAGAAAACAUACACUUCCCUUUUUCCUGUUAAGGAAACGUUAAUUAAUUUUAUUUUUGGUUAGGAAUAUCUAAAUGUUAAAUAUGUUCGGCCAUGCAUAUACAUUUUCUAGGCUUUUAAAUUCAUUUAUAUGAAUAUGUUUGAAAGCCAGAUUUGAGUGAAUAAGUUAUUGCUGUUUGAACUUCGAGCAAUUUCAAAAGAAUUCCUUUUAUUAGUAUUCCACCAAAAACUAGUUUAAGAUAAUUUCUUUCUUCAAACCAUGUUUUAUGCUUUGUAUGAAAUUUGAUUGAAAUAUGAAAAAAUGUAGUAAUUUCCUUAACCAGAUUUUAAUUUUCCCAAUUCUAGUAAGAAAUUGGUAUAGCAUGAACCAAUUCAUAUUCAUAAUCUCUUCAUAAUUUGAGUGCUGGGAUUGAAUUCGUUAAUUCGAUGAAAACAGAAACCAAAUUAGCAGAAAACUUUUUGCACUUUUACGGGUAGAUUGACCAAAUUAAUAAUGCUGAAUUAAAGGACUGUAUUAAAUUUAAAAUUGGAUUAUUAUUAUCCAAAAUAAAAUUAUUGUCACUUUUUAAUAUUUUUAUUACUUCUAAAAAUAUUUUAUAUUUAAUUUAAAGUCAAGCUUACGUUAAUGGUCAAUGAGUCGGUUCAAAUGUUCAAGUUCUCGAUUUGUAUUUACCAUAAGAUAUAUGUAAAGUCUGUACAUUACACUGCCAUGUAAAUGUAGAUGUCUCAAUAAAAUCCUCUAGAAUUUUU